ACCGGUAGAGACACUGCGGAGAACUCACCGGACCGAGGCGAGUUCUGCCCAUCAACUGGACUUUAUACAAGGUAUAAGAUUGUGGACUUCUCUUAUUACGCGCUUGUGACGCAACAGAGCUCACUGAUCAUUUGAAACUGGUCGUUUUCAUUUCUUUCCUUUUCUUUGGAGAAUAAACAGCAGUUGACGAAUUUACAGCUAAAAACUUAUCUUACCUUGGCAUGGAGGUUGUGUAUAGGCAAGAUGAAUUCUGAUACAGAUCAUGCCCUGAACUUACUGAAUAAUGGUUCCGCGGAACUCUAUGCAGAACUGCAAGUGUCAUCUAACGUCUCCAACUCGAGCAGCGCAGGAAACGGGACCGAAGCGAGCUCUUUCAGCCUCGCUCGUGCGGUACCACUGGGCAUGGUUCUGGGCGCUUUUAUUGUGUUUGCAAUCGUUGGCAACAUUCUCGUCAUUAUCUCCGUUGUGUGCAACAGGCACCUGCGCAUCCCAACCAACUACUUCAUCAUUAAUUUAGCCAUGGCAGACCUGUUGCUGGGCACAACCGUCCUGCCAGUGUCCGCCACACUUGAAAUUCUCAACUACUGGGUUUACGGGAGGAUUUUCUGUGACAUCUGGGCCGCGGUGGAUGUCCUCUGCUGCACUGCAUCCAUCAUGAGCUUGUGCGUCAUUUCCAUUGACCGCUACAUUGGGGUGCGUUACCCUCUGCAGUACCCGAGUAUUGUGACAGAGAAGCGUGCGCUCCUGGCCAUGCUGGGCGUUUGGGUUCUUGCCAUUGUCAUAUCCAUAGGACCAUUACUCGGGUGGAAAGAGCCGCCUUCAGAGGAUGACACCGUGUGCCUCAUCACAGAGGAGCCGUUUUACGCUCUCUUCUCCUCCCUGGGCUCCUUCUACAUCCCUUUGGCGGUCAUUCUGGCCAUGUACUGCCGCGUGUAUGUAGUUGCUAAGAGAACCACUAGAAAUCUCGAGGCUGGAGUGAUGAAGGAGCGCAUGGACUCCAAUGAGCUGACGCUCCGGAUUCACUAUAAAAGCCCUUCUCAGACGCAAGAGGACUGCAAAGGCCACCUGAGGAGCUCUCUGACAGUGAAACUACUGAAGUUUUCCAGAGAAAAGAAAGCGGCUAAAACUCUUGGGGUUGUUGUUGGCAUGUUCAUCCUGUGCUGGUUGCCGUUUUUCCUCGCGCUACCCAUUGGGUCCUUUAAUGCCAGUUUACGUCCUCCUGAGACAUUCUUCAAAGUGAUAUUCUGGUUGGGCUACUUUAACAGCUGCCUGAACCCCAUCAUUUACCCCUGCUACAGCCGUGAGUUCAAGCAGGCCUUCAUUCGCAUCCUGUGGUGCCAGUGUCAGCAGAGGAAACAACAGGGUUGCAGGGCGUACAACUACCGCUCACAAAAUGUCUCCGCAAACCAGGCCUAUGCAGACACCAGCUCGAUUUGCAUGAAUGGCAGUCAGCAGACCCUGGCUUCAGUGCAGCCCAGCCCAAGGCUAUGCAGCAGAGGUGUAGACUCUCGUCCAGCAUCACGCGUUCUUCCAGGCUGGGGCCCCUGCACAUCCUCUUCCUCCUUUUCUGGUCACCCCUUCACUAGUAUGAUUAAGCCCGGCUCUGAUGCAAUGAGCCAGAGUCCCUGCAAACCCAGCAGAAUGACAUUGCUGUUCCCUAGUGGGCCCCAUGACAAAGGACCUCAGCAAGCUAAUGGACAGAAUGGGAAGGGAGAGGCAGAGCAUGGGACAAAAUCCAGGCCCACACCUGAGACUACAAUGUAGUCAAUAGUGACUUUGAUGGCAGUUAUUUCUCUAUUUUUAGUUCUUCCUGGUUGGAUCUGAUUGAUUAUUGUAUAUUGAUAUAAACUGCAUAGGGCAUCUUCUUAUGCAUGUGUGCAUUGUGAGUUGCUGUAGCUAUAUUAAACAGAUGGGGUGUAAAUCUCCCCCUUUUCAAAACCUGUAUGUGUAUUAUGUGUACAUACUGUUGUAUAUUUAUACAUUAUGAAGAGUGUGUAGUUUAUAAGUGUUUUGGUGCACUGGAGAUUACUGUAGUAACUUGCAUGAAUAAAGGGAUGAGCUCUGCACCUAGAUGUGCUCUGAACAAGCUAAGCAUCAAUGAUAAAAUUUGCUCACUGGUCUGGUAACUUCCUUUCGAUUAUUUCCCUUUUUGGUCUUCAUGCUGUCUUAGCCAAUUCUUAAUGUUGUGCCAGUUUUUUUAAUAAUGCUUAUUGGGCUCAUGGGCUGAUCAUGAUCCUUCAGUUAGAUUCACAGUUAGAGAUAUAUCCAUGACUCCUUGUGAUCUGAGGUUCUGUAUGUGAGGGCACUCCCCUGUCUGAUUUUAAUUUUCUGGGUCACAAUAAAACUUUUUAAACAAAUGAACAGAUGGCAUGAGAAGCUAAUAUAUAAUUACAAGAUCCAAGACACAAACCAACUUGUAUUAAAUACAUUGUGCCUGCUCUGAACCAGCAAAAAUGGUUAGCCCAUGCCAUGUGUGUGUGUGUAUUAUACAAAAAUACUUCUGUAUCCUAUGGGAGGAUAUACAGGACUAUUUUCAAACAAAUUGCAAAUAGCAUUUGCAAUUGCAUUUUCUAUUUGUGGAUGCAUAAAUUGUGACAUAAUCCAAAUGCAAUUGCAAAUUCGUACAAAGUCUGCCAAAUUUCAAUUGGAAAGCAAAGUCCAUUUGCAAUUGCAUUUCCUAUGUCUUACGAUUUAUGACCCUGUCAUACUGACAAUGCAAUAUUAAUUACCCCAUUUCCUAUUUCACUUCCUCGACGUCCCGUAUGGAGCCUACCAAAAUUCAAAUGGAAUCGCAAUUCCCUUUGCGCUUGCACUUCCGAUGCCUUACACAGACACCUGACAAUCAGUACUGGGGGUGGGAGUUUAUCCACCUUAUUUUGCAACGUGGAAGUAAGCAGCGGCUGCAUUUCCGGUGAAUGUGGCAAAGUUCCGCUGGCAUUGACAGCAGUGUAAAUAACUAGAAGGUAGAUAUAAUAGCGGCACCCUAGUUUCACUGAAAAAUAAGGUGGAUACUAUUUGGCGUGUUUGUAUUGGAAGUGACGUCAGUCACAAUCCACUGCAUUUUAGAGCACCUGCCGCCUUGCUGUCAACGGCCAAGAAGGAGAUCGUAAGUUAUGCCUAUAACUAUGGAUCUAUCCAGCUAUCCAGUGUGAUAGACGCUGUUUCGAAACUGGGUGUCCAGUAUCCUUCUUAUUAAACCAUACAAAUAGUUGGGUGUGUGAAUGUCUUAGGGGAUGUGUACGGUCAGUGUAACAGCAUAGUGCUCAGACUGGGCAUAAGGUGGGUAGAUCAAGCCCUGUACCCAGGAGAGACGGGUCAGGUUGAAAUGCUGCAAGUUCAAUUACUUGAUUAAUUGUACUGGAAUUACGAACCUUAGGUAGGAAAGCCGGGUUUGGCCAAAAGGAGACUCCUGAAUAGUCUGCUUUCCAUCUUAAACAAUCCUCACCUACUGAUAAGGAAUGUAACUCACCCACUCUUUUGGCUGAAUAUAUAGCAAGAAGGAAAACAGUUUUCAGUGUUAGCAACUUAAAAUCAGCCUGGGCUAUUGGCUCGAACAGAGCUUUUGCAAGGGAUUGAAGGACCAUGGGAAGAUCCCAUAAUGGUGACCUUAAAGGUUUUCCUGGGUACAGACGGUGUGCUCCUCUGAGAAAUUGAGAAAUCAGAACAUGCUUUCCAAUCGUUAAGCCUUCAACAACAUCAUGAUAAUAACUUUGAAAAUACACGUCACCUGCUUGAAUAAUUGUCCGAAGUGGAGCACUUUUUAUGGUCCUCAAAACCACCUCAUCUAACUCCUUAGAGAGGGGUUGAGUAGAGGCCAAACCCAAAACUGUAGUGUGGCUGGGUUCGAGUGCCAAAUCUGGCCCUUCGCCUGAGAGAUAGCGUUUCACUCAUGAGAUAGCGUAUCUAUUCCCAAAGGCCCACCUUGGACGCUCAGUGAAAACCACAUCUUGCAGUGUGUUGUCUCUGCUGACACGAACAGGUCUGUGUGGGAGUCCAUAUUAGGCGCACCACCUCUGGAUGUAACCGCCAUUCCCCUGGAAGAGGCCCAGUCCAAGACAGGAGAUUGGCGUCCUGGUUUACAACCCUGGGUAUGAAAACUGCUCUGACUGAGGCAAACCUUGGGAAGGCCCAAAGCAGAAGCUUUCUGGUUUCCUGAAGGCAUCACAGUGAUCUCAUGCCACCCUGGUGAUUGAUGUGAUAUACGGCAGAUAUAUUGUCCAUCCUUACUAUGACAUGCUUGCCCUGUAGAAACGGAGUUAGGUACCUUAAGGAGAGAUGAAUUGCCCUCAGCUCUAGCACAUUGAUAUGUUCUGUGGUCCAGGGAAAUACCCAUGAACCCCUGAUUGUUCUGCCUUGCCAAAUGGCUCCCUAUCCAGUCAGCGAUGCAUCUGUAGUCACUACCGUUCUUCUUGCUGGGAUAUUUCCCAGAGAAAUGCCUUGAGACAGAAACUUUUUAUUCGUCCAUGGACGUAAAGCCUGGAUACAUUUUGGUGUGACUCUUAACUUCACUCGUCUGUCCAACUUGGGAUGAAGUCAGAAUUUGUUCAUCCACCAUUGCAGUGGCCAUGCUCUGAGAAGCCCCAAGGGUACUACCUUUAUUGCUGCAGAUAUCAUGCCCAUUAACCUCUGGAACUGAGCCAAUUCUAUUCGCUUGCCUAAGCAGUGAGCUUGUGCAAGGUAGUCAAUUUUGCCACUCUCUGUGGAGUCAGAGAGACGGUUAUUGUCAAGGAGUUCAAAAUUAACCCGAUGAAUACUGCCUACUGUCGUGGCUUGGUAUUGCUCUUCUCCCAAUUUAUACUGAACCCCAGAUCUUGUACAUGGUUGAUAACAGUUUCGUUGUCUCUCAUGACCUGAUGAUGAUUUGGUGCACAGAUCAACCAGUCGUCCGAGUAUGGGAGGAUCUUUAGGCCAGCAGCCUGAAGAGGACGGAGGGCAGCCGACAGUACCCUGGUGAAGACUCAGGGAGAAUUCACUCAUUUCCCAUCCCUAUGUGUGUGUGUGUGUGUGUGUGUGUGUGUGUGUGUGUGUGUAUAUAUUUUCAAACCACCUAACAUAUAGUAAAGAAUGGCACAAUCCAGCUGUGCACAGCCGUAGCUGCCUAUCAACACUCUGCCCUGGUGAACAGGAGUGUACAGAAUGAAAAAAUAUAUUAGUAUACUUUGAAUCUUCCAAAGUUUAAACACAGUUUGCUAAUGGAGGAAAAUGCCUAUUCUGUGCACGAACGCUCAGAACUAACCAAGCAAAACAAACCCCUCCGCAGCAAGCUGCGGAUCAAUGGGGAGAGCUAGAGCUUGGAAAACAAAUAUUCCUGCAAAGCAAGAAUUAGUAUAAACAAUGCACAAACACAAAAAAUAGCAAUGAAUCAGACACUCACUUUGUGACUUACCUAGUAGGGUAUAGAAAAAUCCUCAGGGGCACAAGGGGCCUGCAAUAUAAGUUAUAUAAGACACUGAAGCUUUAAGGCAUGUAUCGAGUACGCAGCACAAUUUCCAAUGAUGCCCUGUAUCGAAGCGUGAAUUGGAUUAAGUGAUAAGCUGUUUCCUUACAAAAGUGGUGUAUUCAGCAUCAUGACGUCCUCUUUUCUCCUCACCAGUGUACCGCCCAUAGAAUGUCUAUUGGACCGCUGUAUUACGCUAUUCUAAGCUAACCUUGUAGGCUCCCUUUUGGAAGGGACCUGGCCUGACUGUGCAGUAUCGUGAGAGCUUCAAGUUUAAGUCUAAUUAGAAACAGUUUUCAUAUUACAUUAUCAUAUAUCCUGUCUUACAAAUUACACACUAUUUAAUUGCCUCAAACAACUCUGUUAGUCAUAUUUAUGUAUUAUUAUUAUUAUUAUUAUUAUUACAUUGAAUCAUAUUCACUCUCAUUGAAAUGUCUGCCACACUUUAUCAUAUUAUCAGAAGCUUAAAAUGAACACUUAGCAUUGUAAGGCUUUUAUUUGUGCAUAAUGGGUCAAAACUUUAACAGGUGCUCCAUUCAACGGAGUUCCGCACCCGGGUUUAUGACUGCUUUAUAUUUGACCAACCAUCAGAUGGUUUUUGACACUCCUGAGCCUUAGAAACCUUUCCUGAAACACUCAGCAGAAAGCAUCAGAGAUUCACUCAUUUCCCAUCCCUAGUGGAAAGUUUAAAUAAAGUAAUGUACACAAACACAGUUCUCCUUCUUGGCCAUCGACAGCAAGGCAGCAGGUGCUCUAAAAUGCGGUCGAGUGUGACUGACGUCACUUCCACCCUGGUGAAAACAAUAAAUAUUUUAUUGUAUUUCAAAUAUAUUUGCUUUUUCAAUAGUACAUUGCAAAUAUAUUAACAAAGAAUUGUACCAUCUUUAAAUAUAUAAAAAGUAUAUUAACAUCAUGCUUUUACCUAUUUUCACAAUAAAACUUUAAACACACUUUAAAAUAAUUGUAAUGUAGUAUAUUUUAUAAAAAUAUAUUUUAGAAAAACAUACUUAAAAUGAAAGUUCCGUGUAAUUUUUAAAGUGUACUUAUUUGAACUUUAUUUUUAAAUAUAUUUUAGGUAUAUUUUAAACUGUAUGCUCAAAGUUAUCAUUUUAACAAUGCACCGAAAGCAUAUUUUAAAAAUACAUUAUUUAAUGUCCUGAAGUUGUAGUAUAUUUUAAGUUACAUUUGAGUGUAAUUUUUAAGUUUACUUAUUCAUGCUUGGAAUUCACUUCAUUACUUGGACAUUUCUUUCAGAAAGUGUUAAAAUGUAUGACUAAUGCGUUGCAAGCCCAUUUUUUAACAUAUUUUUAAAUAAAGUGUAUGCAGUGUACAAAUGGCUACUCUUGUAAUUGUGAUUUCAGUGUAAGUAUGUUUAUUAAUUUACAAUGGCAGAGAAGUAUCAUGUUACAAUCGUACACACAAAUCCAUGAUAAACAAAACAAUGUGUAAGAGUAUGUAAUGUUGAUAGUAUAUUGUACAAAGUAGUAUAGCUAAGUAAUAACAAAGUAUACUGUUAUUGACUACUAAGUGUGCAUUUUUUUAGUAUUUGGAAUUAGCCAAAAGUAUAACAGAGCAUAUAUUUAAAAAAAUAAUAUAUUCAUGAUAUAUUGCUAGUAUGUUUGGAAGACACUCAUAAUAAAUUUGUAAUGUACUUAUAACACAAUUAAGGUACACUUUAAUUUCACUAAUCAAGCAUGUAAUUAGUCCCUACACAAGCAUAUAUUUAUACUUGAAGUUGUUCCACUUUAGCACACAAAAGUACACUAAAUACACUUGAAAUUGUGCUUUACUACAAUUAAAUUACAACUAAAAUAUACUUAUUACAAAAUUAGUUGUUCCAAAAUAGCAAACUUCAAGUUAACUAUUAAUUAACACACUUGAAGUAUACUGAUCAUUAGUCUGUCUGCAAGUACACUGAAGUAUGCCCAAAUUUAAUAUACUUAGCAUAUUUAUUUUUCACCAGGGCAAUUACAAACACGCCCCACAGUAUCCAACUGAUUUUUCAGGGAAACUAGGGUGCCACCAUCAUCAGCCUUGAAUGUGGACCACUUCUGGUAUACAUUAUACUACUUUAUAUUACAAUCUGGCAAUAAAUGUCGGCAUAUUAUUAUCAUUAAUUACAAUUGUCAUAAACUCAUUGGUUUUGAGCACAUAUAGUUGUACCGUUUAUCACAUUUUGCUAUCUUUUAUCACACACUGUUGCACAGGCAGAAUGAAUGAAAUCAGGUGCUGACAGGACAGUCCUCUGCGCCAUCUGGCAUGCCUCCACAAACUUUACACAACCAGCAAAGAGCAGAAAGAUGCCGGGAAAAUGCUGCUUCAACUUUCUUUGCACCAAAUCUGCAUUUUGUUUUAUCUUGGCAAACUAAUAAACACAUUUUACUCUCCGUUCUUUACAGAGAGCAUUCUCUUAGCGGUGCAUAGUAAACAGACACGCAGAUCACACAUUCAGCAUGACUUAUGAAACAUCACCUUUGGAAAUAACUAAAUAAAGCAUCAUCGGAGGUAAUGCAGGUACAGAUGAACGGAGGUUUACAUGAAGACAAGAAAGACUGCAUCGUCACAAUCUCGGUAAAGUAAGAAGCAGAUUUUAUUACCGUCUCUUCAACACAACACACAGCAACAAGUGAAUGAUUUACUUACUCUUUUACUAUAAAUGCUGAUGUUAGAAAAUUAUCCAGUAUUGGCACAUAAGUCUACUGUACAUCCUAUGGUUGUGUUAUAGUUUAUAAGCCCAUAUCACCAAAUUCUGGUACUAUAACCAUUUAGUUAUUUACACUGCAGUGCCAGCGGAACUCUGCCACAUUCGGCAGAAAUGCAGCCGCUGCUUACUUCCGUGUUGCAAAAUAAGGUGGAUAAAAUCUGUUGUAAGUGCAAAGGGAAUUGCAAUUCCUUUCAAAUUUUGGUAGGCUCCAUACGGGAUGCCGAGGAAGUGAAAUACCAAACGGGGUAAUUAAUAUAGCUUUGUCAGUAUGACAGGGUCAUAACUCAUAAGACAUAGGAAAUGCAUUUGCAAAUGGACUUUGCUUUCCAAUUGAAAUUUGGCAGACAUUGUACAUUUGUGUAAAUGAAAAUGCAAACGGUAAUAUGCAAUUUGCAUUUGCAUUUGGAUUAUGUAAUUUAUUAGUCCACAAAUAGAAAACGCAAUUGCAAAUGCAAUUUGCAAUUUGGUUUGAAAAUAGUCCUGAAAAUCCCCCCAUACGUUUUUGUCAUUAUGUAUUUUAAUCUGAACAUCUGAUCAUUGAUUUUAUGUUUAACAUCCAAUGCAAGCUAUUCAUUGGAUUUAGAAGAAGAAAAUAUUUUUACAAGAACAUUUCAUUCAGCCUUAACUGUCUGUUUUCUCCCAUUUUAAAGUGAAACAUCAGUGGUAUAAGAAUAAAGAGUGAUUUUAUUUUUUGUGAAAAAGUGAGCAUUUCUCCUUAGAUGUUUUUCUCCUUCACUUUUGUACAUUUAAUUUACAAAGUGGACCAUAUAUAAUGUCUCCCUGUAUUUAGAGGCUUAUUGUGUAUUAAUAUUGUAUGCUUUAGAACCAAAGACUUACUUUCUAAUGCAUUUCCAGCGCAUAUAAGUCUAAUGAAGAAAUACAUUUAAUUUGUGGAGGUCUAUGAUUGUGCUUUAUUAGACCUAAAAACCAAGUCUUUUGAAUUGUCCACUCUACAUAAAAGAUUUAUAAAGCUGAUACAUUAAGCACAAUGCAAAAUACAUUCAAUGGUGUGUAUACAGUUUUUUGUGAUGAAAAGGAAGGUCUUUCAUAGUAUACUCAUCAGGUUUUAGUGUAAUCUGAUUACAAAGUAAUUCGUAACUGUAAUGGAAUUACUUUUUAGUGAAAAGGUAGUAAGGCAGUACGUUUUAAAUUAUAGUAAUCAGAUUACAGAAACUUAUGUUACAUUUUAAGUACAUUACUUGGGUUACACAUUUCUAAAAUAGUAUUAUCAUGCUAGAACAGAAAAAAAGGUUCCUUCCCAAAACUGUUACUAUAAAUUUGGAAGCACACAAUUCUGUAGAAUGCCACUGUAUGAUGUAGCAAUAAGAUCUGUCUUCACUGGAAUUAAUGGAAUAGCCAAACAUGUUUAUUAAAAGAGGGUGUCCACAAACUUGUGACAAUAUAGUGUAUUUACAUAUGAACAACAUGUUCAUAUGUAAAGAAACAGAAAAGAGAGAGAGAGAAAAAAAAACAUGUUUUAUGAGACAAAGAAAUGAGCAUAGAUAAAAGAACAGUUUUUGUGUUCAUUUAAACGUCUCGCCAGUAGUCACUCUUUUACAGAAGUGAAAAUAAGCUCUAUACUAGACAGUUUUAGACAGUUGUUCGUCUGGUUUCAAUGCUGUUUGUAGGACUUUAUUGGUCAAUAAGUAAUUGUACUCCUCAAACAAAUUCUUUGUGCUUCUUUGAGCGCCAAAUUAUGUGAUUUUAUUUAAGUUGCUUAUUUUGUCACUGAGUUCUAAACUAUUCUCCACUCAUUCUUGAAGUAAAUUAUGGAAGAGAGAAUGCCAUACAACUGACUGUUUUCUAGAUUAAUGCUUACCUUACAACAUGAAAAAACAUUUGAACUCGGAACAGCUUUUUACAGAAUGUUCCUGUAAUUUAUUGAUUACUUCUUAAUUCUUAAUUAUAUAAUCACAUAAUUAUAUUGAUUACUGCUGUGCUCUAAUGGCUGAAUAUGGACAAAAUUCACAGUUCACAUAGUGUGGCAUACUGCUUGCAACCAACUGCAGCUACUAAACUGCA